AUGUCCUCGCACCGACUUUUUCGAUUUCCUAAACCUGCCUGGCUAAACAGUGCUACAACCCGAACCGCAGGCGUCUACCUAGCCGGCGCACUCUUUUCCCUUGGAGCUUUCUUCUUUAUAGAUGCUGCAACCUACUCACACUCGAACCUCAAUGCCUCCCUUUUCCACAUCACCUUCAUUGACUGGAUCCCACUGAUCUGCUCCUCAUUGGGCAUGCUCGUUAUCAAUUCUAUCGAGAAGACAAGGCUGUCCGCAGAUAGCUUCUCCUAUUCCGGUUCUGGAGUGGCUUGGAAGGCUAGGUUGGUGUUGUUCUUGGGAUUUGCCCUGAUGGCGGGAGGGUUGGCAGGAAGCGUCACAGUAAUGGUAUUGAAAUACUUGGUGAGGGAUGAGAAUGAGGGUGAAGGAGCAAAUUUCAUGACGCUCUGGCUUGGAAUUGCGAAUGUCGUUGCAAACGCAUUGGUUAUGCUGAGCUCGAUCGUGCUUUGGGUUUCGCAGAACAUGGAAGAUGAUUACACCUAUAACCUGGCUCUUUGA